CCAAAGCCAAGAUAUCACCACUAGCUUGUUAGCUCUGUCUUGACUUACGCGACCCUAAGCUUAUAGCGCCUUGUUCACUAUAAGGUUACUGACGUCAGGUCGAUCGACGGAGGAGAGCGCCAUCCCGCUCAAUCUCACCUUAGCGUCUUCUACUCCCUGACUAUCUCCUGUCCCGACUUCAACGGCUCAAACUCUCCCUGUUUAAUGUUCGUUUUUGACUGCAACACCAUAAAAACUCUGUUGUGUCGGCCCUCAAUCAUCACCCGCGGUAUGCGCAUACCCCUGUAUCUGUAUCUGCGCUCACGAUAAUGAACUCGCCCCCAAACUCUUUCUCUCGUCAAUCCGACGAUUCUCCAUCCUCCAAUCCUAGAAAUAGCGCCGGUAAAGACCACUCCCGCCAUAUGGUGCCCCCAUCUCCGGCGUCUUCCACGACAUCUCCAUUGGCUGUAGGCUCGGCCCACGAAGCGGCUCUUAUACAAAGCAUUGAGCAAGGCGAAUACGCGACCGACGACGAUGAAACACGCAGUCUGACCGACAGUAUACGACAACACAUUGUAGAGGGUGGUUUGCGGUAUCAUAGCUAUCAUGCAGGGAAAUACCUUUUUCCAAACGACGAGGCCGAGCAAGACCGAGAGGAGCUCAAGCAUAAUUUGACUGUGUACCUUUGUGACGAUAGACUUUUCUUUGCGCCAAUCGAGCAACUAUUGGAAAAAGGGGCAGAGGUGUUAGACCUCGGAACCGGCAUCGGAAAAUGGUGCAUUGACCUUGCCGAUAUAUACCCCAAAUCACAAUUCCAUGGCAUGGACCUUUCACCCAUUCAGCCGGACUGGGUCCCAGAGAAUGCCAUCUUUGUCGUCGACGACAUAGAGCACGAAGCUGGCUGGACCUAUGGAGACGAGACAUUUGACUACAUACAUAUACGCCACACAGUUCAUUCCAUCAAAGACCGAGAAUUGCUCUGGGAACGAAUCUGGAAACACCUAAAACCAGGGGGCUAUGUCGAAAUUCAGGAGUUUAACUACAUCGCAGCUUGCGACGACGACUCAUGUGACGGCCCAUACGCCUGGAGGGACUAUUGUAAAUAUCUCUACGAAGGAAUGAUGGCCCUCGGCACAGAUUUACAUGGCAUCACUCACGUGGGGCACGAACUACAAGAAGCAGGCUUCGAAAACAUCACAACCAAAGCCUACAAGUGCCCACUUGGUCCAUGGGCAAAGAAGAAACGACUACAAGAGUGUGGCCAUGUUUUAAGAGAUGUCGUUAUGUUGUCUCUUCAUGGCCUGUCUCGAAAACCGCUUCGCGAUGGUCUCGGCUGGACGUUGCUCCAGAUCGAGAUGUUCCUCGUGGAAGUCCGAAAGUCACUGACUCAGGAAGUUAAUGGCCUACCCAAGUUCCAUACCUAUUUCCCUUACUUAAACAUUCACGCCCGGAAACCCCUGAACUGGCAAAGGCCGAUCAGGGAAGACGCGUGAGACAGGUGUUCCUGGAGACACCACGACGUAUAGCAUACACGACACUGCAUAUUUCAUAACGAUUGGACGAGAUACAACAUCAUUAGCAUAAGAAAGCAUCAACACACAUGGGAGCAUGGCCCGGCGUUUGACGGAUUGCAUAGGAGGGUUAACUAGAGCCCGUGAUGAAACAUUACUUACAAGGCGUAUCUUGGAAAUUUCUCUUUCUUUCAUUCAUGGCUAGGCAGCCGACAUAAUACACAGUCGGCGAAAUACUAUCAUAAACUGUGAGCUCUUUCAAAUUAGGCGACAUGAUGUAAACUCAGUACACAAUGGCCUGCAACAGAAAUCCUAGAUCAUGAUAUC